UCUUCUACAUCUUGUUCCCUUAUUUACAUGUAUCUCCAAAACUUGUCGGUCUAACUUUUCCAUACUGUUUAUUGAUUUGCACACUGUUAUUAAGUCUCCCCUUUCUCUUCUCUCUUCCAGUGUUAUUAAUCUCAUUCUUAGUCACUCCUCAUAAGUCUUUUCCUUCAAUUCUGGCACCAUCUUUGCUGCUGUCCUGUGCAUUCUUUCCAGUUUCCUCAGUUGCUGCAGCGUACUCUAACUCAGGGCAUAAUCAUGGUUGUAAUUAUUUUUUUCGUCAUAUUCAUGUCCAUGUAGGUAAAAGCCACUCUAAUGUUACUAAAAAUCCUCUAUGCGUGGCCAAAAUUCCCACAUGUGCUUCUCUGGUGACAGUGUGUCCUGGAUAAUCACCCACAAAUCCUUUUCCUUAUUACUUUUCUUUAUCAUAUCUUCCCCCUUUUUAUAGUUCUAUGUAGGUCUCCUUGUACUUUUCCUGUGUGUGUGUGUGUGUGUGUGUGUGUCAGAUAUCCACACAGCUCUACAACACACACUUGCACACACACUGCACCCAAACCAGGCACUUAAGAAACUAAAGACUUAUUGUUGUUUGAGAUCCCUUAACACUCCCCAUACUCUCCUUUUGUCUCAUCCCACAGGCAUUGUCCGUGAUGCUUCCUGUGCUGUGGUUCCAUCGUGGCAGGCAUGGAAGUGCUUCUCGCUGCGUCGCCACCUCAUGAUCAUUGAGAGCAUAGACACAGACACAGAGGUGUGGCGCCUCUCCCCCAUCGCCCUCAUUGCCAACCCUGGCCCCAGUGGGUACGUGGAUCUCCUCAAUGGACCAAUGGACAGAGGCUGGUGUGCAGGCUACAUGUGUCAGGAGCGAAUCUCAACCUUCUUCUCAGUUGUGGUGACCGGGAUGACAUAUGAGAUGGCCAUGACCAGCACGCCCCCUCAGGUGCUGUGUCUGCACCUGCCACACAGUCCAUCCUCCGAGGCUGUUGUCCUACGCAUCUUCUUCCCAAAGCCUCAGCGUUAUGACAUCUAUGUGGAUAGUGUCUUUGUUCCCCCAGCCAACCUUAACAUCUCUGCAGCUGGCUACCAGCUGUUGCCUGAGGACCCCACCCACCCUCAGGCUUUCCUUCCCACACUGGACAAUGUAGUAGGGACCAAUUACUUCCAGCGUAGUGCCAAGCUGGUCCAUGUGGUGCUGCGCGGAGGCCACGUCCUUGACAUCAAGACCACACCCGUGAUCACCCUCACCAGUGGCCUCAUGGUGAAGGAAGAUGAGUUUUAUGAGCAGAACCUUGUGAUGAAUCUGGCCAACCUGUUUGAGGUAUCCCCAGACAACAUCAGGGUCAUCAGUGUUAUGCGGGAGGACUCCAAGAGACAGCAGGGAAGGCUGGAGGCUGAAGUGGCCAGCGUUCCAACUACAAGCCUGAAUGGUGAGGGGGAGAAGGGAGCAACUGGCGGGGAGGUGAUUCCCUAUGAGAAGCUGGUGCAGAGUCUGGAAAAGGCCAUCAAUAGAUUCCAGGACGAAUCGUGCAGCAACUGUGCCUCUCUCUCGGUGAGUGACCCCAUCGAGCCACCACCCAAGGAAGCCCCUCCAAAAGCCACAGAGGAGGAAGGCACUGUUGUCAUUCCAGAUGUCCAACCGUUCUACAAGCAGCAGGAGAAGGAGGUGGCAGAGAAGAUCAAGGAGAGCCUGGCAGUGACAGAGUAUGUCGAGCCAUCCAGUAUAUUGGUGCUGAGUGGUAUGCCCAGCAGUGUGGUGCAGUACACAGUGUUUGAAAUGCAGCCGUCUGUCACUGUACUGGGUAAAGAGGGUGCACCCAUCAGUGACCUGGGCCACAAGAGUGAUCCCUGGCAGGUCACGGCUAGUUUGUCAGGAGCUCCGCCAGGUGCCAUCCUCAUUGGCACCACCACAGUUCCCUACAGGAACAGCACUGCCACCUUUACCGACCUGUCUGUCAGCAAGCCCAGGGAAGGGUACAACCUCUCUUUCACCAUCACCUUCCCCAGCUAUGCUCCAGUCCUCACUGCCACCCUGGUGGAGACCUUCAGCUCAACACAGAUGAGUGCAGCAAUGGUCCUGCAGCAGCCCAGCAUAGUGCAGGCCAGACAGCCCAUCGCCAUCACUGUUCAAUUUGUUGACGAGGAUUCUGGCUUGGUGCUGGAUGGCCAGGCCUUCAAGGGCCAGACAUUUGUGGGUGAACUGCUGGCAAAGACUGCUGAGGGACACUGAGGUUAUUCAGAGGCUGUAUGUACCAGAUGAGGCCGUGUCAAUGCUCACCUUUGAGAACGUCAUAUUUGAGGCAUCAGACGUGAGACAGCAACUCAUAGCCAAGGUUGCUGUUGUCCCUGCCGGCUGGUACAUGGAGUCCUCUUUGCCAC